AUGAAAAGGAUUAAAAAACAGCAAAUUGGAUAUUUUUUGCAUAUUUUUUUCUCCCUUACAAUUCUCUUUUCUCGGCAACAUUUUGUGUCUGGAAAAUCGAUAGACAAUAGUCUGACACAAAAUUAUCAACCUUUAGAAUAUGAAAAUCCCUCAUCACUUCCUAAAUUCAUAUCAAGAGGACAAUCCUAUCGAGCUGUAAUAGAUGAUACAAUAGUUUUGCCAUGUGCAACACAAGAUUUAGGUAGUAACAUUUUAUUAUGGCGUCGAGGCAGUUCUGUUGUGACUGCAUCAAAUUUGAUGAUAACACGCGAUCCACGCUUCCGUUUACUCGACGAAUAUAGUUUACAAAUUAAAGGCGUUCGGCCACAAGAUGCCGGUGACUAUAUAUGCCAAAUAGGAGAUGCCGAAAAUAGAGACUUAGUGCAUACAGUAGAAAUAUUAGUGCCACCAACAGUGAGAGCUCAUCCAGAGACGGGACAUGUGACUGCACGAAAGGGUAGCUCCGUAACAUUAGAGUGUAAGGCAUCAGGAAAUCCCGUUCCGAAUGUACACUGGAUUCGAGUCACAAAACGAGAACAUCUCUCAGAUGCUCCACGACUUUCAGAAGGUCCAACAUUAACGUUGGAGCACGUGGAAAGAAAAUCAAGUGGAAUUUAUCGCUGUGUAGCUGACAAUGGUGUACGAGAUCCAGUUUCCAUAGAUAUGCAGCUAACAGUGUUGAGUCCACCGGAGUUGGAAACAGAAAGAGCAUGGGUGCAUGCUGGGGAAGGUCACGAAGCACAGCUUGUAUGCAUUGUUCAUGGUGAAGCCAAUCCAGAGUUAAUGUGGUAUCAAGACUCUUUCCUACUCGAUCCAACUGACAGACGAACAAUGGAUUCUCGUGGAGAUCGUCAUAUUCUUACAAUAAGAAACAUUCAGCAGUCUGAUUUUGGAAAUUACAGCUGUGUUGCUGACAAUGCAUUAGGACGAGCAAAAAAAUAUAUUGAAGUCUCGGGAAGGCCGGGACCAGCACAAUUUCAUUCUCCACUCUAUAGUCGCUCGCGGGACGUUUAUAAUCUCACGUGGAGUAUAGAAAGUAUUCCCAAAUUAGAAGAGAUUCGUAUUUUGUACAGAAAAUUGAUGAUGAAUGAAACUUAUCAACAGCCUGGGAGAUGGCAUGAAUUGGUUUUGACACCGCCUCAUACUCGACAGGAGACUCCUCAUCAUUUCAUGACAUAUACAAUAAGAGGCUUAGAAAACAAUUCCGUUUAUGAAGCAAUUGUUCAAGCUAAAAAUCAAUAUGGGUGGAAUGAGGUUAGUGAUAUUUAUCAGUUUUAUACCCAAAGUAAUAACUUAAUGAUGACCGAGGAAGAAGUUGAAAUGGCCGUGCAGUCGGAAUUCUCUGUUGGAAAUAGACUACAAUUAAGCACUUCCAUAUGUUUGCUUUUAACUUUCCUAAUAGCUAUUAGAGGUAUUGAUUAA